AUGCGGCCCUUCCGAUUGUCGCAUCCCGCACGCAAGACGACGGCUUUCCAGCAGGUCCGGCAUUUCCACCCAACCCGUCCAGCUCCCUUCAUCAACGAAGCCCUCGAACUCUCCUCCGCCUUUCUCCAUAAUGUCCACGCUAUUUCCGGUCUACCAUGGGCCGUCUCCAUCCCAUUGAGUGCUCUGAUCGUCCGAACAACCGUUGCUCUGCCGCUACAACUCUACAGCAAGAUGCAAGCGAAACGAGAACGGGAUGCGAUACCACUUCUCCAUGCGUGGAACCGAUGCUUUAAAGAGAAUUUGCAGAAAUCAGAGGACUACACUCGCGAGGAUCGCCUAUUGCUCGCCAAAAUGGACCCUACAAGGGCCCAAAAGCAACAACUCAUGAAGCAAUACCUGGAAAGGAAACGAAUCGUACACCGUCGCCUGGGCGUUCCCCGGUUCUGGAAGCCGCUGAACUUCCUCCAACUACCCAUCUGGAUCUCCAUCAUGGAGAGUCUCCGCGCCAUGUCCGGCAAUGACCGUGGUCUAGUGCCCUGGCUACUAUCGCGCCUUGAGCCCGAGUCCGCGGAUCCCUCGUCUGCCCUGCAUCUUGCGGUCGAGCCCUCACUCGCCAAUGAGGGUGCCCUUUGGUUCCCCGAUCUUCUGGCCGGAGAUCCUACCGGUAUCCUGCCUUUGGCACUAACACUAUCUAUCCUGCUGAAUAUCCGAAUGGGUUGGAAGGCCCAGCCUCUGAAGAACCUGGCCGAUCUGCCCAAGGUAGAGAUGUACAAGCAGCUUUCCUUGCGGGGAAUUCGGAUGUUUGUUCAGGUGCUGGCGUUGAAUGUGGGAUUGUCAUCCUACGUAUCAGAGAUGCCUACCGCAUUGAUGAUCUACUGGCUCACCAGUACGAACGUCGCUACGUUGCAGACCUUACUCCUGGAUCGGGUGCUUUUCCCGGUCAAGCCCCUGCCUGUAUGGAAGAGGCACUACGUCAUGUACAAAACACCAAAAAGCCUGGCGCCUCCGGCCAAGAAGUCAUGA